UUCACCAUGGACUACAUAAAAUUAGUAAACGACAAAAUCAACGUUCAACAAGUGCACAAUUUAAUAGUCGACGAUGGUUGUGGAGCCUGUUCGAUGUUUGUGGGCACAACACGUGACACAUUCGAGGGCAAAAAAGUGACAUCAUUGGAAUAUGAAGCGUACGAAAACAUGGCACUUAAGGAAAUGAGUAAAAUCUGCACUGAGCUGCGAACUCGUUGGCCUAAUCUUAAGCACAUAGCCAUUUAUCAUCGACUGGGAUCAGUUCCAGUUAGAGAGGAAAGCGUGGUAAUUGCUACUUCAGCACCUCACCGUGCCGCUGCCCUGGAAUCCGUUAGCUUUGCUAUCGAUGAGCUAAAGUCACGCGUUCCUAUUUGGAAAAAGGAAAUUUAUGAGGAGGAUCCAGUCGGGGAGUGGAAAGAAAAUAAGGAGUGCCAAUGGCCUCAACGUUCACCUUUAACUUUGAAGGCUUUCGAUUUCUCAUCUUGCCCUAUUGAGGAUCAAUCUCUGACCUCUGAUAAUAAAUUGGUGCAAAUUAGAGUCAAUGACACCGACUUGAAUAGACGUGUUGAGUGUUUCUUGAAACGAAAACGCGAUGAAAUUAAUCUGUAUAAUAUAAAUGAUUUCAAGAAACAUUCCACCGAUAAUGAGUCGAAUUGCAAUAAUAAUGAAGACGAUUUAACUGAGGAAACAUCGUGUGCUCGAACCCAGAGUUUUCUUGUGAAGCAACAUCAAUCAAAAGGCCAUCUAAAAGUUAGAAGAGCCAAUAAUAAUUCUGGACCACAGAUGCGACCAAACUAUUCACAAGAACUCAAUAAACUCAUGUCAUCGCAAGAAAAUCCGAACAAUCCGACUGAUAACAAUUCCUUACCAAGCAUUCGUCUAAAGAACAUUGAGACUUAUAUGGGAUUUAACUCGGAUGAUAAUGGCAAUAUCCUUUAUCGUAUUAAAAAAUUAGAAAAUCGAAUUUUAUUGCUGGAAUCCAGUUCUCCAGAGUACAAAUAUCUAGUGCAGUUACCAAAAGAUGAGCAAAGUACAAGUCUUCGAAAGGAGAAAAAGAAAAUUUAUAUGCCGGAUAGGUUAAGCAGUUUCAUUGAAAAGAUUAAAAGUGAAAUUGAAUAAUGAAUCGAGUCUUAUCUUAUAUAUGGAACUCGGAAAUAAACAACGAAUUCCGCCUUUAAACCAAAAACACUUGUGAAUUUUAAGUUGUUUAUAGCUGAUUUGUAUCUGUUUAUUCAUUUUUUUGUUAUCAAUAAUCAUCUUACUCAAUACACGGUAUUUUUGUAAUAUUUACAGCUAAAAAAUAGUUUUUGUAUUAGGGAGUUCGACCUUAAUGUUUAAAUCGUGAAAAGAUCCACUCCACACGUACUUAUGUACAUACAAUAUUUGAAUUUUGAAAUAAGAGAAGUGGCCAUUAAGUAUAUGGUGUUAUAAAUGAUGUAUAUUUGUUUCAACAAUUUGAACUAUUUCCAAUAGCUUUUCUGUUUAUAUGUGGGUGUUUUGUUUUGUUUUUCUCCGUUUUGAAAUGCAUUUGUAAAUGCCAAAAAGAAAUUCAAAUUAUAUUCGUAGAAUUCUAAGAAUUAAAUUUUGGAAAGCUGUUUGUGUUUCUUAUGUAAAUUACAUAAUUUGAAUGUCAAGCAGCAUGAUAUUUAAAUCUCUUUUACAUCAAUUACUUAGGAAUAUGUUUAUCAACUUGUGUAAAAAAAACGUAAAAGAAUUGUUAAUGCUGUGCUUUAGGAAAGAGUGGGAAAUUGAUUCUCAUCGUCGACCUUCAACGGCUUGGAGCCCGAACGACGCUUUUCAUAGGAUGCGAAUUUGUUGUUAUCGAAACCAUUGCUAGCAACACCCUCCGGGCGAGGACCACCACGCGGUGGACCACGAGGUCCUCCCUUACGGAAACCAGUUUUGCGACCAUCAUUGAAAUUGAACUGGAUAUCGACAAUGCGCUGAAGGCGUCCCACACGUUGAGGAUACAUCGAGGGAUCAUAUUCGAAUUCAUCUUCAGUUUCGAUUCCACCCUUCUUCUUGCCCAGAACAAUCAUCUUUUUCCAUUCGGCAUUCUCAACCCCUCCUUCGCCGGCCUUACGCAGAUUGUAAUUUGGCUUGGCACGCUGAUCCUUCAGAGCUUUCCACUCAUCCAGAGUCAUUUGCUUGGGACUCGUCCUCCUCCACAUUAUUGGCCACAUCGGCGCCGACAGUUUGUUCAUUACCAGAAUCGUCUUUAUCUGUAGUGGGAGUGGGAUCAGCACCUGUUUUUUGGUCUUCAAUGUCCUGCUUGGCAGAUCCCCAGUUGUGAGCACCACCGCCCUCGCGUUUAUCGACAGGCUUGACUCCUGUAGAAAAGUAAUAAAAAUGAUUAAUUAUUUUUAAUUUUAAGUAUACACUAUAAAUAGUAAUGAUGUAAUUAAGAGUAUCAAACAAGUUCUUAUUAUUAUAUUAUUAUUAACCACGGAUUGUUAGAUUAACCACAAUGCAUUAGCAUAACCAAACACGUUUCGUAAGACCUUUUUAUACAUAUAUGCGUAAUCCAUCAUAUAAAUAUAUGAAUUCGAGAAUAUAUAUUAACUUUCAUAUCAAAUUUAUUAAUAUUAAUUAAAUAGAAUUCGUAAUCUAACAUUUUAAUAUAUAAAUGCAUACUUAUUUACUUACCAGUUUUAUCGGAUCCAGAUUGACGGUCAAAUUCCCUCUUGCCAAACUUCUCGUUGUUGCGGAAACGCGAUGGCGGCCCGCGAAUAUCACGAUCUCUGUUCUGACGUCUCGGCAACUCGUUGUUGUAAUCGGGUCCAUGCGAAUGGUUGUUGUUCUCUGUUGCAUGAUUAUUGCGCGUAUUUUGCCUUGGACGAGUUUCCUUCACUGCAGCGUUUGGUGCAGCGGGUUUGCCGGUAGCCUUUGGACCAGCAUUAUUGGCAACCUUUGAUUGAGCAUUAUUUUUAUUCAAUACGCUAGACUUAUUUUCCUUUUCGGUUUUAUUGAUGUUUUGACGUGCAGGGCGAUCAUCAGACUUUUUUUUGCCGGCUACAACUUCGGGAACUUUCGGUGGAAGAACUGGUGCAGCGCCAUCAUCAUCCAUAAAUAAGAGUUCGUAACGAUUGUUGCCCGAAUUA